AUUACAUUCAUCGCUUUUAGUCAAGAAAAUAUUUGGUUACGUCUCCAGGCUGAGUGCAAGAGAGCAAGAUGGGUCUCGCGCGACAUGCUCAAUUUAUCAGCCGUACAAUCUUUGUACAUAACAACAACAUAGACAAGGCAUGUCGCACAUUAAAUCGUAUAUUGGCCAAUGAAGAUAUUUUUGGCCAAUACAGACGCACCAGGUACUAUGAGAAACCGACGCAGGUCAGACGCAGGGUCAACUUUGAAAAGUGCAAGGCCAUUUACAACGAGGAUAUGAACAGAAAGAUUCAAUUUCUCCUGAGAAAAAACAGAGUGGACCCUUUUCCUGGUGCAUCGUAAGAUUACAGAUCCUAUUUUAAGUUAUACAUUUACAAAGCUAUCUACAAGUUGAUUUACAUAAUUAUUUAUGAAUAUGUCAGUAUCAGAAAUAUAGAAAAUGUUCUAUUACAAUAA